GCAAGCGCAACUCGGUGCGUAAAACAGAUCGCCGACGACGCAACCAUAUGGACAGGGCAACAUCGAACGUCGGCUGUGGCGCCGUCGCCCUCCUCGUCCUCGUGUUGGUCAGCUUCGCGCGCCCGUGCCACUCCUCCCUCUACCGCCCGCCACCGCCCGUCAUGGUCUACCACGCCGGCGAGGUGCUCGACGGCGUUGUGCCGGUCUCUGUCCUCUACUAUGGCGCCUUCUCACCACACCAGAAGGCCAUCAUCUCCGACUUCCUGCUCUCCCUCUCCCCGCGCGGCCGCCAGCCGCAGCACCAUAGGUUCGGGGCGCCAGGGCCCGCGCCUGCGCCGUCGGUGGCGCGGUGGUGGGAGACUGUGGACCGGUACGUGCGCAAGGCCGGCCGAGGGCCCCCACGGGUACUGCUGGCCAGCCAGGUGCACGACGAGUCGUGCUCGCUGGGGAAGACUCUGUCCAGGGUCCAGGUCGAGCGGCUGGCGUCGCGGCUCGGCGUGGCGCCGAGGGGCGUGGCCGUCGUGCUCACGGCCGCCGACGUCGCCGUCGAGGGGCAAUGCGGCAGCGCGUGCGGAACGCACGGGGCCUCCGCGUCGGGGGGAGCGACGCACGUGUGGGUGGGCGACGCCGCCGUGCAGUGCCCAGGGCGGUGCACGUGGCCGUUCCACCCCGCGGAGGGCUUCGCCUACGGUGCCAGGCAUGUGCCCGGGCGCGGCCGCGGCGAGACGCUGCGCGCGCCCAACGGCGACGUCGGUAUCGACGGCAUGCUGAUCAACCUCGCGGCGCUGCUGGCCGCCGCGGUCACCAACCCAUAUGGGCACGGAUACUUCCAGGGCGACCCCGGCGCACCCGUAGAGGUGGCGGCUGCGUGCCCGGGCGUCUACGGCCGCGGCGCGUACCCGGGGUACCCCGGCGCGGUCAGGCUCGACACGGCCACCGGCGCUGGGUUCAACGUGGUCGGCCGGAACGGCAGGAAGUAUCUCGUGCCAGCGCUGGUCGAUCCUGACACCAAUUCUUGUAUCAUCAUGACCUAAUGGAGUCAUCAUCAUCAGCUGAUGAGGAUCGUCUGAUUUGCACCCCCUUGUGACAUGACAGUUAUUAGGAGUUGGGGCAGCCAAUGUUUAUACAUUUAUUAAGCUCGGGUACAUACGAUCUACCGCUGAAUCCCUGAAUGUCGUCUGAGUGUCUACUCUACUAUAGGUAACCACCACCUGAUUUUCAGAGUAGUAUUUACAAUUAACAAAGUUGUGCUCUUAAUAAAGAUCUAAACGACUCUCAUGAGAAUGCUUGCUAGUGCUUGUGUGCAUCAAGCGACUACUGUUUAUGAUGAAAAGUAUGUUUAUGAAAUAUAGCAUAAAUAUAUUUUUA